CAACAGCGAAACAGCGUUCCGUAACGCCUGUAGCAAAGCCGCUUCGAGCAAAACGGCGCCGUUAUCGUCCUCACUCAUCAGAAGAUCACAUUUUGGCACCAGAUUAUUCGCCCUCUCCGAAGACGAUGAAGAUCAUCCCAGUCCCAUGCUUGGAAGAUAACUAUUCAUACCUAAUCAUUGACGAAAUAAGCAAUGAAGCAGCGGCAGUUGAUCCAGUGGAGCCGGAGAAAGUUCUUCGAAUCUGCCAAGAGAUUGGAUGUCAGCUCAAGAUCAUUCUCACUACACACCACCACUGGGAUCAUGCUGGUGGAAAUGAGAAAAUGAAGGAGCUAGUGCCUGGAAUUACUGUUUAUGGAGGUUCUCUGGAUAACGUGAAAGGGUGCACAAAUAAAUUGGAAAAUGGUGAUAAGUUGUUGCUGUCUAAUGAUAUCAGCAUAUUAGCUCUGCAUACACCUUGCCAUACUAAUGGUCAUAUUAGUUACUACGUAACUGGCAAAGCGGAUGAGGUCCCAGCUGUUUUCACUGGAGAUACGCUGUUUAUUGCUGGCUGUGGUAAAUUCUUUGAGGGUACAGCAGAACAAAUGUAUCGAUCUUUGUGCGUGACAUUGGGAUCAUUACCUAAGCCAACCUGGGUUUACUGUGGUCAUGAGUACACAGUAAGCAACUUGCUGUUUGCACAGACAGUUGAACCAGAAAAUACAAAGUUAGCACAAAAAUUAGCCUGGGCAAAUCAGCAAAGGCAAUCUGGCCUUCCCACUGUCCCUUCAACCAUCGAAGAAGAAUGGGAGACUAACCCAUUCAUGCGCGCAGAGCUUCCAGAGAUGCAGGAGAAAGUUGGCUGCAAGUCUGCAGUUGAGGCCAUACAGAAAAUAAGGAAUCAGAAGGACAACUGGAGACGCUAAAAAAGGAGGACAAUACACUUGUAAUCUUAUUUGUACCAAGUCUCAGGUAAGUUUAUCCUGAUGGUUCAAUGAUAUGUUAUGUAUAAUAAUGCAACUGCUUGUUCGAGUCUGGAACGACACUGUUGCAAGGCAUUUAAAUUUGGUUUGGAACGAUAUGACAACUAAAUAGCCUGAAGAAUUCUUUACAUACUUUGGUGCGAUCUUUGUUAAAUUUGAUUACUCGUUUUAUUAGUAAA